UACUGUGUAUCAACUUGAAGUCAAAACACGCAACUCAACAGCAGUUAGAGAUUGCCUGUGGAGAAAAUAUACAGGUUAUCAGAAGAAAUCUAAAAGUCUGAAGCAAACUUAUUCUUCUUGGAAAAUUGACUGUUUCUCACACUAUGCACCCGUGGGUCACUAAUCUUCUCACCUAAAAGCAAAUGGUGUGGUGCAUCUAGAAAUCUGAAAACUCAAUAUAACAUCAUGCAUCAUCUUUUCCAACUGGUAUUGGGACAAAAAGAUCUUUCCCGAGCUGGGGACCUCUUCUCCUUAGAUGAUUCUGAGAUUGAAGAGAGCCUAUCAGAAGCUUUGGAGGAAAUUGAAAGAAUUAGUUCAUCUUCGGAUUACCAAACCAACGAUAAUGACCAAGCAGUUGUUGAGAUCUGCAUUACUAGAAUUACAACGGCCAUUAGGGAAACUGAGUCGAUUGAGAAGCAUGGAAAGGCGCUUGUCACUCUUUGGGAAUCCUGCUUAGAACACAAUUUAAAGCCUUCAGGAAAAGAUGAAGACACACCCCAUGCAAAAAUCGCAUCUGAUAUUAUGAGCUGUAUCUUGCAGAACUACAAUCGGCCUCCCGUGAUGGCAUUAGCCAUCCCAGUAGCAGUGAAAUUCCUCCAGAGAGGUAACAAGGAGCUGUGCAGAAACAUGUCAAGUUAUCUAUCUCUAGCUGCCAUCACCAAAGCGGAUCUAUUGGCUGAUCACACCGAGGCUAUAGUAAACAGCAUCCUCCAAGGAAACUCCAUGCUGCUCAGAGUACUGCCAUCUGUGUAUGAUAAAGAGCCACUGCCAAUUAACAGGCAUCUUAGGGAGCUGUUAGCACUGAUGUCACAGCUGGAACAGGCAGAACAACACCAUCUCCUCAGACUGCUGCAGACUGUUACAAAGCAAAAGCAACCUGAGGUCCUUAAGGAGUGUAUACCUUUCCUAAUUGGACGCUUGAGGGACCCUGCUCAUGUUGACGUUAUAUUAAACAUCCUCAUAGAAAUAUCAGGCUACGAGCCAGUGGCCUUGACCGGCUUUCUUCCGAUGCUGAAAGAGAUUGGCGAGAGCUUUCCAAACCUGAUUGGACAAACAGCCAAGAUCUAUGGAGCGGUGGGGCACAUGGAUGAGGAAAAGGCCAGAAGCUCCCUGAUAUACCUGGUGAACCAGCUGGCUAACGUGGAACAUUCGUUUCAUCAUAGUCUUCUGCUGGAGAUUAAGAACAUCACCGACACCUUCUCAUCAAUUUUGGGGCCUCAGAGCCGGGACAUCUACCGAACGAGCAAUAGUUUCACCACCAUCGCUAAACGUCUUAUCCAACAACUGGGAAAUGAUGAGAUCAGAGGCAGUAGAACAGAAAGAGUCACUGAAGCAGAGUCCGUCGAACGGUUGAAAGAUGUCAAGUCUACAGUAAAGGAAAAUGAAGAAGAAGAAAAGCUGCAAGUUAAAACACAAGUUUUGGAAGAAAAAAUAAGCAUGGAAAACAGCACUCCUGAUUCUCUCCGCAGACAUAGUUUAGGCCAAGUUUCCAAAGAAGAAAGAAAAGAAAUAAGAUUUAACAGGACCAAAAGCUUAGCUCUAAAUGCAAUCCGCGCAAAGUGUUUAAGUUCAGACGAUGGACAAGACAUGGGAAAUGAAGAUAUAGCAUCCCCCUUCUCUUUCUUGGAAACAGAUCUUAGUCAAGAAAAUGAGAAGUUGCCCUUAAACACAGACAAUGAAGAAUCACAGCUGGAAAAUCUUUCAGUUUCACACCCAGGUAUUAAAGGGCCGGAAUCAGAGAAAUUGCUAGAAUCACUUAAAGAAAACUAUCCCAGAGGAACUGUGGAGUCAAUAGAAAAUCAUGCACAGUACCAAGAUAAGCUCUACUUGCACUUAAAGGAAAAUCUCAGUAAAGUAAAAGCAUAUGUCACAGAAAUUGGAAAGAAAAUUCCAAUUCCCGAUCAGUGUAUUAUUGAAGAUACUAUCAGAAGUUGCGUAACGAAGUUGUUCUUCAGCUGCUCUCUGAAAGGUCAUUACUGCCUAUACAGUAAAUCCAGUUUUACUCUCAUCAGUCGACAGCCUCAGCUGUGGAUUCGUAUCAUGUUUCUCUUUCAGCAGAGCUUAUUUCCAGAGCCUUUGUCCAUACAAACCAAUUCUGUACAAGUUCUGAGAGCACUGUGGGAGAAAACCCAGAUAAAGGGAACUCACAGUUUUGAAACUACAAUGAUCCAGUCUACAUUCCCACACAAGAAGGAGCUGGACCAAGUACAGAUGCACCUAGAAGAAGCGAGGUUCUUUGAUUUAUUUGGUUUCAGUGAGGAAGCUGGAGCUUGGCAGUGCUUCAUGUGCAAUAAUCCUGAAAAGGCAACAGUUGUGAAUCAAGAUGGCCAGCCUCUCAUGGAAGGAAAGCUGAAAGAGAAACAAGUCAGAUGGAAGUUCAUCAAAAGAUGGAAAACCCGUUAUUUUACCCUCGCCGGCAACCAGCUUCUGUUUCGUAAAGGAAAGUCGAAAGACGAUCCAGAUGAUUGUCCGAUAGAACUGAACAAGGUACAGAGCGUGAAAGUCGUGGCCAAGAAACGUCGAGACCGCAGCCUCCCUCGAGCCUUCGAAAUCUUCACCGAUAACAAGACCUACGUUUUCAAGGCCAAAGAUGAGAAGAAUGCUGAAGAGUGGCUUCAGUGCAUCAAUGUAGCAGUCGCCCAGGCCAAAGAAAGGGAAAAUCAAGAAGCAACCACCUACCUGUAAUGGGGUCAAACACUUCAUCGUGUUUGCUUUAGAGGGGAAAUGAAAUGAUGAAAGCAUCGACCAAUAUUAUUCAUUUUUAAGUACUAGUAGGAAUCUGAUUUAUAAGUCUUGGAAUUUUCACCCUGACAUCACUUUCUUUAGUGCCAGUACCCCUUCUUAGGGUCUUCAACAAGAGGCUUCAAGAGCAUAUUUUUAGGUGGUACUGUGGGGAAGAGGGUGAAAGAAAAGUAGAUCCAUUUUGUUGUGGUGGAAAAAUCCGUAAAUCCCUGUAAGCAGUAACACCGCACAGGUAUGGGCUUUGUUAAC